AUUCCCGCACCCGGGGGCGGGACUUCCUAUCAGCAUUGUGAUGGAAGUCUGUGACCCCGGAAGGGGAAUCCCUGUAAUGUCGGUUUCCGGACGCCUUUCGCUGCUUUGGUGCCUGAGGCCUCGGUGGAUUCGGUAAGAAGACUGGGUGAGAGUUCAUCUGAUGAAGAGCAAUGGAUGAUGAAGAGAACCAAGAUCAGCUGAUGAACAGAAAUGGCUCUCAAGGGAGUAAUUGGCAGCAAGUGCUGCCUACCAGUGAUAAUGAAGAGAUGGAAGACUCUGAGGAUGCAUCUGAGAGUGAAGAUGGGGAUGAUGGGGAAGAAGAAGGUGAUGAGGAUGAAGAUGUAACUGACUCUGAAGAGGAGGAUGAAGAGGAGGAGGAUGAGGAUGCUACAACAGGAAGCCAAGAUCCAACACAGCCUACAGGGGAUUUAAAUGAGGGGUUUAGUUCAGACGACGAAAGAGAAAGUUGCCCAAUCUGCCUCAAUGGCUUCAGAGACCAAGUUGUAGGCACUCCAGAAAACUGCAGUCAUUAUUUCUGCCUAGAUUGUAUUGUGGAGUGGUCAAAGAAUGCAAACUCGUGCCCUGUGGACAGAAUUGCAUUUUCUUGCAUUCACAUACGAGCGCACUUCGGUGGAGAGAUCCUAAAAAAGGUUCCUAUCCAGAAAAAAGCAGACGAGGUGCAGGAGGAGGAUGAUGCCACCAACUGCGCAGUCUGUGGACGGAGUGACCGCGAGGAUAGACUGCUACUUUGCGAUGGCUGUGAUGCAGGCUACCAUAUGGAGUGCCUUACUCCUCCUUUGAAUGCUGUUCCAGUAGAUGAAUGGUUCUGUCCUGAAUGCUCAGAUGCAAAUCAGCCAGAGGAAGUAAGUGAGGAAGAGGUGGCUGGACUUCUCGCAGAUGUGAUUCCCACCACUAGCCGACUACGCACCAAUGUGGUUAGGACGCGUGCUAUUGCUCGAACAAGGCAAAGUGAAAGGGUGAGAGCCAACGUCAACAGAAACCGAAUCAGCACUGCACGCAAUAUCCAGCAUGUUCCAAGAUACCUAAUGUCCUCUCUGCUUGAUGAAACCAUUGAGACAGUAGUUGCUGGACUAAAUACUGCAGUCUACCAGAGACCUUUAACUGCUCGUACUACAACCAGCAGGAGGAAAAGGAAAGUUGGCAGAAAAAAGAGUAGCCAGUCCAAGGUCUCAAAAGGAACACGGGGAGUGGGAAAGAAACGCCGGAGGAGGUUCAGGCGGAGGAAAGUGAGAAAAAUGGCUAAAAAAGUGGCCUCCUCUCACAGUCGUAUUGCUAGAUCACUGGGAAUUUGCAGCCCGCCUCGAGGAUCUUCAUUGCCUCGAAUUCAACGUGCCCCCGGACAGACGCUGGGCUCCAUGAGACAGGACAUAGGAGCGGCCACACUCUCUGUGUUUGGGAACCCUUAUGACCUGGAUCCAUUUGAUAGUAAUGAGGACCAUUUAAGCAACCCAGCUUCUCCUCUUACCUCAAAACGCAAGUUGCUUUCACGUUCAGCCUUGCGAUCCCAUCAGCCUGUUGCCCGUCCAAUAUCUGUUGGUCUGUCAAGGGGCGGUGUUGCUCCACAAGUACAUGAAACGUUAGUGGCAGAGCCUGUGCCUGACCUCUUAGGGAGUAUCCUGUCUGGACAGAGUAUGCUGAUGAUGAAGAGUUCUGACAUUGUUAUUAGCCGUGAUGGGUCAUUAAAAGCAAGGAAAACAGGGGAUUUCAGUUUACAGAAAAAUGUGUCUAGGGAAGAGCCUACAACAGAUGGACGUGUGGAGCCAUGCUCCUCUCACUCAGGGUCUCCAUCUGUCACCUCUUCAAUAGAUAAAUGGAAACCAAUCCAAGAGCAGCCACAACUCAGAUUUCCUUCAUCAGGUCUUUACUCUCUUUCUCCAUCCCCGUCUCCACCUCCAUCAUCUAUGCCUGCAUCAUUUUUGCCUGGGACUUCUGCCUUUAGGUUAAAAAAUGCUUUUACACCAAGGGUUGUACAGGCGCAAGCCUCGGCAGGCCGUUUCACUUCCAAAUCUGCAGAGCCUUUUAGGUUCAAUGGAGCUGUGCACAAGCCAGAGCCUCAUAGCUCACAUGAUAAUAUAAAUGCAAAGGGCCCAAGUGUUAAGAACCCAACCAAACCUCCUGCAAAGAGAUUAGAUAUUUCAGAAUUUCCCAGGAUACCAAAGAUCAAAAAGGAAACGGACAGUAGCCCCAGUAAUUUGAGAGGAAAGCCUUCAGACUCUGCGAAUAGCCCAAGUACAAAUACCAACCAUCCCAGCAUCUGCAUAAAUCAACUAACAGGUCGGGGAGAGAGUAACACAUUGGGAAAGUUUAACACCACAGAAAACAGAAUAAAAAACACUCGACAAGAGUCCCAGGACCAGUCAAGGUAUAGUUCUGGCAAUUACGCUGGUCAUUCAGGUACAAGCAGUAGCACUGCACCAAGAAGUGUGGGGUCAUUAGAUGUAGGCGGUGGAGGUCUUCGCAUAACAAUCAGUGGAAAUUCUGGCAGUUCUUGUAGGCAAUUUAGUCCGAGUUCAAAGGAUCCUUUCCGUUCUUCUGAUGGUAAAACACAACCAAAAGGAGCUCUUCCUGUUCCCUUUCCUUCCACCAAGAGGGAAAAACCUGUUAAAAAUGAAAUAUAUGACCCGUUUGAACCAACUGGUUCAGAUUCAGGCUCUCGUGAUAGUAGCCCAGAAAGACCUGGGCCGUCAUCUCAGCCUUCAGCAGCAGCUUCUGCAACAAUAAAAACAGAAACUGCUAUUGCAGCCACAUCAAGUGGAGCCAAAGUGGGAACAUUUCGAAGUUUUAGGCUGCUCCCUUCACACUCCACUAAGGUGGGAGUGUCAAAAUUGGGACCAGAUUUCUCGGAUCUCUCUCCCGCUAGCAAGGAUCAACAAGAAAAGGACAGUGCUGAAGAGCUUAGUCCCGUUUUGACUCCUUUCAUAAAGGUUGAAAAGGAGAUAAAAAAUGAAACUCCCGUGGAACCAAAAGUUGAACAGACCCCUUUCAAAAUUUCAUGUCCACUCACUGGUUUGAAAAUUACAUCUGAUAUGAAACCCGGUGGCACUCGAGGAUUCCAUUUUGAUACUGAAGAACAAAAAAAUAUCUGCAUUAAAUCUGAGCCCGACACACUUUCAAAUAGGAUUAUUCACCAAAGUUCAAGCAACAGAUUGGUGUGGGAAGCAGAAUCCAUUUCUCAAACUAUUCCUUCAUCUAACAAUCGAGGAUUAGAAAUACAGAGGAAGAUCACAAUUAAGGAGGAAGACAAGGCUCACUCAAGCUCAUUGUCUAGGCCAAGAUCCCAUGAGAGAGAUUCAAGAUCAGCUUCAUGGUCUACAGACGAUGAAAGGGAAAAGAAAUCCAAGUCAAAAUCUCACAAAGGAAAAAGGGAUCGUAGUGACAGGUCCAGCUCUGGUAGCUGUGAACGUUCCAGGAAAAAACGUCAGAAAGAAAAGAAAAAGGAGAAAAAGAAAAAAAGCACAGAUUCCAAGGAAAGAAAGAGGUCAAGGUCCAGUAGUCGGAGCAGCUCUUCCCACAGAAUGUACAACAGCAAAAAGAAGAAAAAAAAGAAGCGUGGAUCCAGGUGUGGUUCCAGGGGCCGUUCUUUUAGCCCUGAAAAGGACAAGAAGCGAAAACACAAGUCUGAGAAAAGUUGUUCCACUAAAGAUGGGGACUCUAGAGUAAAAGAGAAAAAGAAAUCUAAGGAGGACAGGGGGAAACACAGAUCCAGUUCGCCACCUACAAUCAAGGAGCAAAAGAGUCAUCGAACUAAAGAUAAAAAUUUGCGUCAUAGAGAUCAGGAACUAUCCAAAGAUUCUUUGCAUUCACCAGAAAGAGAGGAAAAGACACUAACGUGUACCGUCAGUGUUAGUAAAGACUUUCACCCUGUCAAGCAUGAGGCAAGGAAAUACACAUUAAUUGUACCCAAAGAGGAGGUUGAAAUAGAAUCCACUUCUGCUUUGGAGAGUGACAUUUCAACACCAGUUAAGGAGGAAAGAGAUAUUGACUUAUCAAACAAUGAUGUUGAAGACGAUUAUGAAAGCCAAGUAGAAAACAAUAGCAGCCCACCAUGGUCUCCAUCACUCUUAGAUUCCUUACUUCCUGAGGACAAACAUGAUGAUGUUGAAGAAGUGCAAUCUCUGGAGGAUAUUGAUUCAUCAAAUGACUUGCUUCCUAAUGCAGAGGUAGCUAGUCCUCAAGCUUCUCCAUUGACUACAGAUACUGAACCUCCCAGUCCACAACCUACCAGUCCAUACUCGAGUCCUUUUCCAAAAAAAGAUGGACUCAAAACUCCUCCAGUGGUGAAAACAGAAGAUGAUGAUCUUCAGUGGUCUCCGUCUCACUUAGAUGACUUCUUGAUCAGUGAGCUUUCAAAUGAAGUGGGCUCAGUGGGAGCAGCUAGCCCCGAUGAUGUUGAUCUUGAAGAGGCAAUAAUGAUGAAGAGAGAUGAAGAUUAUGAGGAAAAGCCAAUUGUUAGCUUCAGCAAAAAGCAAGUCAUCCCUUUUCUCCAAGAUGAGGACGACGAUGAUGAUGAUGAUGAUUUUGAUGGUAAUGUCAAUGCAGGCAAUGGAGAAGCAGGAAAUCAUAUUGCUGAGUCCAAAACAAAAGAUGAACUGUCCGCAUUAGGUGAGAGCACAUUGUGCAGUCCGCUUAAAACUGAGCCAGACCUUGCUUCUUUGUCCAAAGCCAAACUUCCAAUGAAGAGAGUUACUUGGAACCUUCAAAGCAAAAAUUCCAAAAACACUGGGACAGGAACAGCUGCAGCCUCUUUAGAUGUCCCUCUCUUCACACCUCAACGUAUCAAAGAGGAGCCACAACAGGCAUCUCCCAAGCAGAGUGUCCCUGUGCCCCCCAAGCUGAACAUCUCAGCCUCUCCAAAACACAGCAUUAAUCUUCUAGCUCGGCUAGCUGCAGAGUCACCAUCACAAAUGUCAAGUCCGCUGCCUUGGAAUUCUUCAGAAAAGCCUACUGAGGAUGCAGUUUCUAAAGUCGCCAGUCGUGUGCCAUGGAAUGCAGCAGGCAGGCCUGUGAAAGAGGCUAAACAGCUGCCCCGGGUUGCACCGGAGACAUCUAUUCAGACUUUUCCACAGACACUUCCUCCAUUGCCUCUUCCUCCAAUCUUCCCACCAUAUGCUCCUGUUAGCGAACCUGCAGUUCCGUGUAUACUGCAGAGCAACAGAACCAUACUUAGCCCAACUCCAAAGCCUGGCAGUUUGGCCACUGCUAAUGAACCUAAAAUGCAAGCAGCCAGUACAGGCGAAGAGAAAGCAAAGUCUUCUAAAAAAGGAGAGAAGGUUAAAAAUGAUGAGUACAUGAAGAAGCUGCACAUUCAGGAACGAGCUGUAGAAGAGGUCAAGCUGGCCAUUAAACCCUUCUAUCAGAAGAGGGAGAUCACAAAGGAGGAAUAUAAGGACAUCCUGCGCAAAGCUGUACAGAAGAUCUGCCACAGCAAGAGUGGAGAAAUAAAUCCAGUUAAGGUAGUUAACCUGGUGAAAGCCUACGUGGAUAAGUACAAACACGCACGAAAACACAAGAAGUCGGAGUCGUUUGAGGACCAUGGGACUAUGCGUGAUUCUCCACUAUGAGAAGAAAAGUCUUUGUCGUAUGAAAACAGAUGUAAAAGUGCUCAGCCUCAGCGACGGUGCAGCAGAGUUGGGCUGCAUGGGGCUCCGCCUGUGCAGUUGAAGUUGAUCAUUAGUUUCGUACAUGAAGGUGAUGUUCUGCUCAUUUCAAGACACCCAAUCCUUUGUUUUCACCAGUCCCAGUUUGGUUUCUUUGGACUUCAGUGUACAGAUGGCAGGGCCCUCUGCCAGCAAAAAGAGGUUAUCUUCCUGCCUAUGCAGAAGUUUCAAGGUGUGAAACAUAGAGGGGGAAAAAGAAGAAAUCAAGAUUGCACCCUAUUUUUUACAUCAAUCAACAACUUGUUCGGAAACCCUGCUGCCAUCUUGGCGGUCCCUGUGUUGAGAACGUCUCCCUGGAGGACCAAGUAAACUCAUUUGUAAGAGAAAGGAAUUUUUGUUAAGCCGUGCAUCAGAUUUUUUUUUUUUCGCAUGGCAAGCAAAGGAAGUAAGAGGGGGACAUGGCGCAACAAAUGCAGGGCGAUGAAAGAAUACAUUCUGAAAUAAAGAUUUUGUCCUUUGACCCUAAAAUAUGUAUAAAGGACAACAAUUGCCAGAAUUUAUAAAGCUCUUUUGAAUUGUUUUUAUUGCUGUUUUAAUUUUGUCAAGGCAGUUCUUACAGAACUUUCUGUUUCCGAUGUCAAAUGAAUUGCGAAAAUAUGCCGUAUCCUGCAGCAUAUACCCCCAUGAACAAAUAGCACAUAUAGAAAUGCGCUACAUCUCGUCACAUCUUAUACUUCUGCGUUAUUACCCCCCUUCCCCCAUGGUAUGGAAACCGGAUAAAGUGGUGAUAAAAGCAUUUACUCAGUUAUAGAUAAACAUCAAAAAAUCACCUUGUGGGGAAGGAUUGGCAUAAAAUAGGGAGAGCAGAAUGGUAAUGGGAUAGGUACAGAUGUACUGAUACUAGGGGGGCACCAAAGCCAGGAUUCCGUUCCUGAUUCAGCCUUUUUCAGCAGGAUUCGGAUUUGGCUUAAUCCUUGCCUCUGGCCGAACUGAAUUCAAAUCCUAAAAAUCACUUGACUUUUUGUCACAUAGACACAGAAGUUGAAAAUGAUUCACCACGGACGGUUCUAUUUAACCUUUCCUUAUUUUAAUUUGAAUAUAUAAAUCAGGACAUUCGGUUUGGUGUUUGGCUGAAUCUUUCGUAAAGGGUUCGGCUGGAUCCUAAAAUAGUGGAUUUGCUGCACCCCUACUAGAUACACGCUGGUUCUAUAUCUCUCCAUAUUUAUUUUGCUGUGGCUUAUACGUUAUGCCUGUACCUUCUUACCAGGUCAUUUUUGAUUUAUAUGUAUUAAUGAAGGUGACAUAUAACCUAAUAUCAAAGGAUUCAGAGUGCUGAGCACACUUGCAAUUUACAUUGCAUAACUGACACUUCCCUGCUCAGUCCUAUCAGUGUGAGAGAGGCUAUUAGAAGUGAGCAGCUAGGUGUCAGGAGAUUCUUCAGUAAAAUAGGCUUUUACUGUUCUGGCAAAACACAGGGGGUUUAUAUCGAUCCUCCGUGAUGCUGGAAGUGCUAAUUUCACAAAGUCAAAAAAAUCAUUUGCAAGUGCUUUGAAUAGUACAAUCUUACAUUGGUAUAUGGCAGGGUGUAUGUCCCCUUUAACUAAAGGCUUUUAGGGCUACUUUUUCUUUAUUGGGCAGUCAUGAAAUAAUUGCAGUUCUCUUUAAAUCUCUAGUACUGUUUCACGUGUCUGUUACAAUACAGACCCAUUUUCCAAAAUGAGGCUAGUUGAUCUUAAAGGGGGUGGUUCAACUUUUAGUAUGUUAUAGAAUGAGCAGUUCUAAGCAACUUUUCAAUUGGUCUUAAUUUUCUUUUUUAUAGUUUUUGUAAUGACUCUCCUCAACUUUUAAAUGGGGUCACUGACCCCAGCAGCCCUUUUUAAGGCUUCAGUUUUAUUUUUGUUACUUUUUGGUCUCUCGUUCAAACCACAUCCUGGUUGCUUAGGUAAUUUUUUAUGAACAAAAAGUAAAAUACUUCAAAAACCACAUAUGAUAAAAAAGGAAGACCAAUUGCAAAUUGUGUUGGAAUAUUACACUCUACAUCAUACUAAAAUUGAACUUAAAUUGAAACACCACAACCUUAAACAGAAUAGCCAAAUAGCAGUCGCGGAGUUGUUACAUGGUCGUCCGUUAUCCACUGCGUCCUGAUCAUGUCAUACGAGUUACUGACUGAGAUUUCCGCUGAGCUGUACAAUGCCAGCUGCAUAUGACUCAAUGAAUUACCCCCCAGGUUUAAUAUGGUUUGUUUGUUUUACAUGCAAAAUGUUGAUGAUAUUAUAUAAUGUCCUGUAAAUAAUAUUGUUAUAAUGAUACAGCUGUGAUGUUGCAUCUGUAAGAAUAGAACAAUAUUAUAUUACAGUUGUGACCUCACUCCUAUAUUAGGAAAAAUGUAACCCCCACCCCCAAAUAAAAUACAUAAGCUAA